UUUUUUCUUCAUUUUGAACAUUUCCUCACAUGUUUCGAAAACUCACAGCAAGUUCUUCCCAUGAUCAUAGAUGGUUCAGCCUCAAAAGUGUAUAUAAGAAUGUGUAACAACAAUGUUGAAGUGCAAUUCAAGUUAGCAAACAAGCUUGCUAGAACUUGAUUCCAUUUCUCACAACAAUUUUAUCAUGAGGAAAUCUGAAGACCUUGAGCAAGUUUUCCAUUACUUUGAUGAAGAUGGUGAUGGGAAAGUAUCAGCCUCCGACUUGAGACAUGGCUUGAGUCUUAUGGGUGGAGACCUAUUUUCAAAAGAGAUUGAGGUCGCAAUGGAGGCAUUGGAUUCUGAUGGAGAUGGUUUCUUGGGUUUAGAAGAUUUUAUUGGGCUAAUGGAAGGAGGAGAAGAGGAAGAGAAGAUAAAGGAUUUGAGAGAGGCUUUUGCAAUGUAUGAUAUGGAAGGUUGUGGCUUUAUUACACCCAAGAGUUUGAAAAGAAUGCUCAGCAGAUUGGGUGACUCAAAGUCGAUUGAAGAGUGCAGAGUGAUGAUCAAUCAGUUUGAUUUGAAUGGAGAUGGUGUGCUUAGUUUUGAAGAAUUUAGAAUUAUGAUGCUGUAAUCAUUUUAGACAUCCCCUGUGUGAUGAUUAGAUUUUUAAUGUGUGUAUCAAUAUUUCUUUCAAUUCACCAGUUUCUAAAAUA